CUCCCAAGUAUAUCUAACACUGCGAUGAGAACAUUUAUGAUGAGUUUCGAUUUUUCUAAUGGUACAAAUACAUUAUAUCUAACACUGCAAGUGAGUGGUCACAUUUUGGUGUGGAAAGUAUGACUUGAAUAAUUGCACUGGUACUUGUAUCAGGUUCAGUAGUACAUUGCCACCCUCCAUGUUCUUCUUCAUCUCCCACUGGUUCUCUCUCGGCGGCCAUCAGUCCAUCCUAUUGUCGGGUGGAGAGUCUGAUCUCGUCUUCACCUCCCUGUCAUUCGAUGCCAUCACAGAAGCCACUGUUCUUAGAAUGCCCAGAACCGCCGCACGAAAUCUUGGAUCUGGCUUCCAUCCCGGCUUGGCCUUCGUUGGCUCGAUAUCUCGCGAUAUCCCCUGUCUCUCGUCCACCGGCGAGCAACCCACCAGGUGGGUUGGAGGCGAUCCCACUGCGGCGAUGCCCGAUGGUUGGUUUCAGCUCCCCCAGUUGAUUGAUUUCUUUUUUACUUUACUUUCUUUAUCGAGAUUGGGUUGGAAGGACAUCAUACCAAAAUCGUACAAUUAGGACCUCGAUAUGGUUUUAUUCUGUUCAUCGUAUCGGAGGUUAUGUUCUUUUUUGCUUUUUUUUGGGCUUCUUUUCAUUCUUCUUUGGCACCUACGGUUGAGAUCAGAGGUAUUUGGCCCCGAAAGACGGGUUUAACCGAAGCAGUAGGAAUUGGUGUAGCCAGUCCCACCCAUCCUAGAAGGAUGAAGCCGAUCACGACAUGCAAUUGACCAAACGAAAGCCAUCUUUCUCAAUCCAGGCCUAUCCUGGACUCGACUGUUCACUCGUAUCGGCAUUUUGGACACACGAGUAUCAUAUUGAUGGAAUACGAUUCACUGCAGAGGAGCGGGAUGGGUUGCUAUUUUUUCGGGAGAGAAUAUGGGAGCUGAAAAGACACUUUCCUCAUCCAGCUAUAUUGUCUCUUCCCAAUUCAUAAUUAUUAUCACAGUUAUGGCUUUCCAGUUUACAAGAUUACAAAAAAUAAAAUAAAAAACAACUUCCACUAAUACAACUUGUCAAAUGAU